CAGGCGUGAUGCAGGAAUGAACAUUGGACAGAACCCAAGUCUAUCACAGGUACCAAUUUAGUGUAGUCGAUUCACCUACCAGCAUUUUUAUUUUUUUUUGGACAGUGGGAGGAUACUGGAGAACCUGGAGGAAAUCCGCUUCACGCUGAAAGUAACCUGGGAUCAGGAAGGAACGGGGGAGUCUGGAGGUGGCAACACUCACUACCCACUGCACCACUGAAAGCAUUAAAUGUGUGGCUGUGUCCGAUACUGCACUAACCCGGAGCUGAGACACUGCUACCCACUCUGAGAGCAGCGAACCUCCAUCCCUUUCUUCCUGGAGUUCCUCCUCUUUCCCUCUGACAGCCCACGGGAUAGAUGAGCCGAGGAGGCCUUGUAUUGGUCUGUGGGGAGAAGAUGAUGCAGUGAGUGUAGACCAUCACUUGUCCUAGCCAUGAGCCACCAGGAGGCGCCGCUGGGCUACGAGCCAGUUGAGGCAACUGAAGCUGACUUGGGCCGCCGAGAGCAGCCGUCCUCCCAGCGCAGACGACACGAAAAUUCAGGCCGAUCUCGUCAUCAUCAUGGUGGUAAUGGCACCGAGAACAGCCACUCCCAGCCUGGAUCACAGCGGCAACGGCGUCAUGAGGGCUCUGAAGGAACCGGGCGACCACGCAACUCCCGCAGGAUGCCUGAAGAAGGUGACUUGGAACAGCAGCAAGUUCAGCGGCCGAUCCCACGGCCGGCGGUGAGCCGCUACCGCAGGCAAGGCGACACAGAAGCACGGUUGAGGGCUCAGCAACAGCGGCAGAGGCAGAGGGAGAGGGAAAGACAACAGAGGGAGGCAGAACGAGCUGAGCAACAGCGACUGGAGGAGGAAGAGGAUGACCACAGUGCCCUGGCACGCUCUGCAAGUACAGAGAGCGGUUUCCACAACCAUACAGAUCAGGCCGAGGGUGACGCCGUCAUGGCGUUGGAGGCUGAACCUGAGGAUGAAGGUAUGUACGGUGUGGCACUACGACCUGAAGCAGAAGAGUAUGCAGAGAGUGCGGAAUCUGAGCAGCAGCCCCAGUACCCUCCCCAACCCCCUCCACUUCCCUACGAGCCCCUGCAAAACAUGGAACGGCCGAUCAGACAUGACGCCGAGGCACUCAACCCCGGUUACUCCAACUAUGUUUACACCCAGCCUCGGCCUGAAGAUCAGCCAUAUUCCGAGCCCUAUGCUGACUAUGGAGUUCAGGAGCAUGUGUACGAAGAGAUCCCAGAAGCCCCUGAAGGAGACAUGCCUCAGCAGCGCCGUGCUGGACUCCGGCUCCUGGAAUGUGAUUCGUAUGGGCAGCAGGAGGCUGUGGGCUCCAGACUCCACCACUAUGACGAGCGCUCGGAUGGUGAAUCCGACAGUCCCGAGAAGGAAGCUGAAUUUGCUCCUUACCCGCGCAGUGACAGCUGUGAGCAGGAUGAGGAUGUCGAGCCCAUCAUGGAUGAAGUAAAGCGGAGUUUGAGCUCACAGAACCUGGAACACCCUGCAGCACAACAGGGAACAGACAGACAUAAAGAGGAAGAGCAGGCAGAGGAUGGAAAGCUUCAGGAGCUAGUGAACGAGGGAGGGAAAGGAGAGGAUGGCAGACUCCCCAUGAGCAGCCCCUCUGAGGAGUCGGCUCAGGUCAGGAGCAGUAGGCAGAAGAGGGACGCCAUCUCUCUGGCCAUCAAGGACAUCAAGGAGGCCAUCGAGGAGGUGAAGAGCAGGACGGUGCGUUCACCCUACACACCGGAUGAGCCCAAAGAGCCCAUCUGGGUGAUGAGGCAAGACUUGAGCCCCAGCAUGGAGUCGGACCUGCAACCACCACUAGGGGGAGAUUCUCCAGGCCCAGCCUCCACCUCUCCACAGGGGGCGGAGUCUUCCAGCAGCAACCUGCUGCAGCAUGAGGGGAGUGAAAACUUUGAGUCCCCAUCUCCUGCUGGCAAAGAGUCGAGGAGGAGCAUUGCUUCAUUCCCAACAUAUGUGGAAGUUCCAGGCCCGUGCGACCCAGAGGAUCUCAUCGAUGGCAUCAUUUUUGCGGCAAAUUAUCUGGGCUCAACUCAGCUGCUGUCAGAUAAGACACCGUCGAAGAACGUGCGCAUGAUGCAGGCUCAGGAGGCCGUCAGUCGCAUCAAGACGGCCCAGAAAUUAGCCAAAAACAGGAAGAAGCAGGCCCCUGAGGGCGAGACGCAGCCCAUGACGGAGGUGGAUCUCUUCAUUUCUACUCAAAGAAUCAAAGUGCUGAAUGCUGACUCUCAGGAGACCAUGAUGGAUCACCCAUUAAGGACCAUUUCUUAUAUCGCUGACAUUGGGAACAUUGUGGUUCUAAUGGCCAGGAGGAGAAUGCCUCGCUCUGACUCGCAGGAGAAUAUGGAGGCGUCUGAUCCAGCCCAAGAUGAAAAGCGCCAGUAUAAGAUGAUCUGUCAUGUCUUUGAGUCUGAAGAUGCCCAGCUCAUAGCGCAGUCCAUUGGCCAGGCCUUCAGUGUAGCAUAUCAGGAAUUCCUGCGUGCCAAUGGCAUCAACCCUGAAGAUCUGAGCCAGAAAGAGUACAGUGACCUCCUUAACACACAGGACAUGUACAACGAUGACCUCAUACACUUCUCUAAGUCGGAGAACUGUAAAGACGUUUACAUAGAGAAGCAGAAAGGAGAGAUCCUAGGAGUGGUGAUUGUAGAGUCAGGCUGGGGCUCUAUUCUUCCGACAGUCAUCAUUGCCAACAUGAUGCAUGCUGGGCCAGCGGAAAAAUCUGGAAGACUGAAUAUUGGAGACCAGAUCAUGUCCAUCAAUGGUACCAGUCUGGUGGGACUUCCUCUGUCCACCUGCCAGAGCAUCAUCAAGGGGCUGAAGAAUCAGUCCAGAAUCAAGCUGAACAUUGUGAGAUGCCCACCAGUCACCACCGUGCUCAUCAGGAGGCCAGACCUGAGAUACCAGUUGGGAUUCAGCGUGCAGAAUGGCAUUAUUUGCAGCCUUAUGAGAGGGGGGAUAGCCGAACGAGGUGGUGUUCGCGUUGGUCACCGCAUCAUUGAGAUCAAUGGCCAGAGCGUGGUGGCGACUCCUCAUGAGAAGAUUGUGCACAUUCUGUCCAAUGCAGUUGGUGAGAUUCACAUGAAGACCAUGCCUGCUGCCAUGUACCGCCUGUUGACAGCCCAGGAGCAGCCAGUUUACAUCUGAAAGCCACAGUGAUACCCUCAACCUCCUCACCUCACCUCACCUCACCUCACAUCACCUUGAUCUUUAUCCUGUGGACUGAUGAUUGUGUGAGUGAAUCCAUGACCACUAUUUAUCCACAGUGUUUCACUUUCUCCUUCCUGCCUGCCUGUCCACUUCCUGUCAGGACAAGGCUUUCAACCUGUAACACCUCUAGUUCUGCGCAGGUCUCCGCAUCCAGGUGAAAAUACCAACACACAGAGCUCCAUGACACCCUUCUUGAAAUUUCCCUUGAUUCAAAGUCAUAUUUACACUCCGUUAAAUGUUUCACACUGUUUGACCAUGCAGUGAGUACCAGCAGUGUGUUUUGAUGUUAUUUAUGGAAACUUUUUUUUUUUGAACCUGGCAACCAUCAGACAUUCCAGCUUUAUUCUCUUCCACUCAAGACAUAAACAAGCAGCUGUUAACCAGAGUGUGGAGGAGCGGACUGAACGUUUCCGAGGAACUGCAGGCUCUAAGAGUGCAUUCCUCAGAGUAACAGUUCAUUACAGUGAACGCAACUGUGUGCUCUGUGGUCUCGCACACGGCGUUCUCAAGACCACGUUAAUCAUUAAAAAAAAAAAAAAUCCCCGAACCCUCUCGGUGCAUAUUUGAUUUACAAACUAAUCAAAUCGGCACAUUAUUUAAAUGAGUACGGAAAUUAUCAUUUUAAAUGAUUUGUGACACCGUUUUGAUUGACUGAGCAAACUGCAAAUAACUGCCUACAAAUAACGGUCUGCUCAUGUGCAGUUACUUCGCACUUUUGUCAACAAGGCUCAAUUUCUUUGUCAUCGUUUGAGUCGUCGUGUGAACUUUAGUAUUUAAAAAAAAAAUUGAAUGAUAAAACAAUUAUUGAACUCUGUUCUCACAAAAUAUCAUGAUUUAUUUAUAUUUUAAAGUGUUUCGCAAGCAAUUAUUUGCUUCUGCCUUUGGCACUGGGAAAUAAUUGCUUGCUCACCACUAACAAAUCAUGAUAUUUUGUUUAACCUCAUCCAAUAUUCCACGAAAUCGAGUCGCAUGUGAGCCAAUAGCCGAAGAGACGCGUAACACCAAGUUGGCUAUAAGCCCUGUACGAUGAGAUGGAGUGGAAUAACUGUUUUAUUCUAUCCACAUUCACUGGAUUUUGAGAAACGGAGCAUUUUUAUUUUUUGCUAAUUCAAGAACUAAAAACUUGAUACAAAACAUCCCACAAAAUCAUUUCUGCUUUUUUUUUUUUAAAUAAAUAAAGUUUUGGCCGGGCACUGCCCAAACUGAUGAUUACAUCAUCAGCUUUUCUUUGGCUAAUCAGACACAAGGUACACCACCGCUCUUGCCAGACCAGUUGGGAGUUACAGUAGGUGCCUUGCUCAAGGGCAAUUCAGCCAGUUCUGCUGGUCCAGGGAAUUGAACCAGCGACCUUUUGGUCCCAAAGCUACUUCUCCAACCAUUAGGCCAUGGCUUCCGCAGAGCCAUGACUAUUUCUGCUUAGAAUGUAAACAAACCGGCGAAAUGACGGGAGCAAUUUGUGAAAAAAUGCUGCUAUAAUAAUUCUUGAAAAAUAAAAAAAGAUACCUUCUUACCAUCAAAUACUUUCAUUCCAUAUUUUGUUGCUUUUUUUUUGUAUUUUUUGUUUUCGAGUAGCGUUUUUAUUUCGUCCUCGGUUGGUUCAGCAACAUGCUCCGCCAUUUUGUUUUUCUCUACUCACGGUAUAUGAGCUGAUAUCCUAGUAUUAGAGUAGCCAAUCAGAGCGCGCGAUUGCUCAUAUCCAGGGAAUGUGGAUAAAAUAAUUGUGAUUAGAUUCCAGUUGACAUCAUAAAUUUGAUAUUGAUGGAGUUCCAUCUCUGUGACAAAAUGAUCCUCGAGGAUAAUAGUGAUAUGAUGCACAAUGUGGCCUUAAAAUAGUGAUGCCAUACAAAAACGACUCGUAUAGCACAAAGAAACAUGAGCUGAACUACUACUUUAUUGGUGGGGAUGUAAAAGACCAAAUUUAGUCAAGAAUUAGAAUUUAGUCAGUUUAUUAGGGACAAAAUGUGAAAAUUAUAUGUAUAUAAGUUUCAGAAUGAUGGUGACCAGCGUUGUUGUUUUGUUUGUUUGUCUGGAUUUCUCUUCAACUUCUGUGCUAUUUUGUGGUGACUGAAUCAUUUCCACUGUUUUCUAGUGUACAGAACAUAUUUUUCUUUUCUUUUUUCAUAUUUUUCUUAUCGAUCCUUUAUAUUCAAGAAUAAUUCUGUUUGUAUGCGUACUAAGUAUUUUAUUUUAUUUUGGUUUGGAAAAAAAAUAUUUAUACUUGACAAAUAUUAUUUGAAGAAGUAUCUUUGUAAAGGAUGACAAGUCCUAUAAUGGCCUGUCUUUAAGAAUAUUAUUUAGUUUGAAGUAAAACUAUAAACGGUACCCAUUCUGAGACCAGGUUAAGAAUUGAAGUCGAUUUGAGCUCUUCAGUGUUCUGCCCUCGUCAAUGUCAUAAAUGCGAGUUCUCCCCAUGCUGGGUGUUCCAGAGAACCCUCGAUUGUUUUGUUUUUUUUCCCUUUUUGGAGCACAUAUAGUAUCUUUCACUGCCCUGGCUGGUCCCCACUAACUCAUAGAUGAUACAGUAUAAAUGAUACUGUGAUAUAAAUGCUGUUGUCAGUGAUUGGUACCAGUAGAUCAGUAAUACCACAGCUAUACUGGUAGGUGCGUAUUAACCUGAACAGGAAGAUGUGACGUUAAUGGUACCGUGGAUUGAAGUCUACAUUCGCAGUCAAUCGCAGGCCACAUUAUUGCUGCAGUACAUCCGUGUCGUAUCCCCGAACGUGGCUCUUGUACACAGACUGCUUCGUGUGUCAUCUCUAAACAUCCCUGCGUUACGUAUGCUGUAAUUUCCAUGGAUGCACAAGCAGGACGGCAUCACGGUACUUUUCUUAAGCAUGGUCUAUCAUGUCUUUUGGUAUGCAUUCAUGCUAGUAGUGGGUGUGAUGUGUGAUGACAAACGACUCCAGUGUAAGACAAAACCAGCUACAUAACUGCAUAUAAAUAUAUAUUUAUAUACGCACAUACAUUUCAGUAUACACGUCCAGUGAUUGUGUAUAUACAGUGUGUACAUUUAAGACUUUUGACACACAGAGAGACAGAGAGAGAGAGAGAGUUAGACUUGUGUACAGUAGUACUCUCAUCAUCUCUAUCCGAAAGGACCUCUUCAGCUUCUAGGAGGUGUUGACGGCAAACACACCAAAAUCGCCAUCAUGUUUCUGUCCGUAUGACUGCAUUAAGCUGAGCGUGACGCUCACUCAGUGGAGCUCCAGUGAACAGGAAAGUGAUGUUCAUCACAAACUCGUAUUGUACUACUGUACAAGAGCAGUCAGUUUUAAUUCGACGAUUAAAAUAUAAACAUCACCAUUGCACUUCUGUGUAUACAACAAACAAGGCCACAAAUAUAUGCAAGCUUUAAUGAUGAUGUUGGCUUUGGAUGGGUUUACACGGGAGAAUAAAUCGAAAAAUCACUGUAUGUGCUGCUUUAUGGUCAUUAGUGAAACGCAGUCAAGACUCCAAUUCCCCCAGAACACACUGAACACAUCGAUGUGAAGUACACACUCGUGUCUGUACUGCGGAGUAAACACAGGGCUUCGUGUUGUUGUGAUAAUUAGGAGAUUAAAAACAAAGAGUACAUGGUGGGUUUGACUAGUGUUUCUUAUGCACUCGCUCUGAAUGUAUUUAAACUUAUAUCUAUGUUUGUCUUCUAUGGUAAAGAAAUAGAGGGAAAAAAAGUAACACUUUCUGUAAAGCAUUGGCAACGUUUAUUUAUUUGCGAGCUUUUUCUGUGAUGAAUCAUUGAGCCACAUUCCUACGCCAUAGCAGGAAUGUUUGUAACAGUAUUUACGACAAUAAAUGAAUGAGAAAAUGUAU